CGCACGCUACAUAGCGGACAUGCACUGAGCUGUUAGUAACUCCAUAAUAAUAUUCCAGUUUUCGUCCCGGUUCCCAGUCGCGUGAGCCGGUGCAGACGGACAGCAUGGCCUCGGAGGAGGACGCCGCUCUGCUGUUCCUGAUCUUCCAGCACCUGAAGAUGAACGGGUACCACAAAGCCGCCAAGGUGCUGGAGAAGCACGUCGCUCAGGUGGAGACACCGGAGGAGAGCUCCAACCUUCAUGAUAUCUACACAAGCUGGAAUAAGCUGUGCUCUCUAGCUCAGCACGCCAAGCAGGAGGCGGAAGACUCCGCUACUGUGAAGAAGAAGAGCAUCAAACCAGAACCUGCCAGCAGCGCAGAAGAAGAGGAGGAGAAAGAGGGCGUGGCCACUAAACUCUCCGACGUCACAGAGGAGAAUGAUGUGGACGCUAAACCGCUACCCGAGUCGGACGGCGUCGGGUCAUCCGACGCUGAGCUCCCUGCUGAGGAGAGAGAUGGCGACGCGAUCUCUGAGCAGGUUUCGGCGGGUGAAACCAAAACGAUAAACUUGGACGGCGAAGAAGAAGAAGAAGAAGAAGAGAAGAAGAAGAAAGAGGACGAGGAAACAAAAGAGGAGGAGUCGUCUUCCAUUGAAGCGUCAGCUGAGGCCUCCGAGGAGGAAGCGGUCGAGCCCAGACCAGCGGCCCCUGGUGAGGCCCCUGGUGAGGCCCCUGGUGAGGCCUCUGAUCAGCUCAUGGCCCCUGAUCCCUCCGGCGAGAGCAGCCAGCAGCAUGGAGAGGACGCCGAUGAGCUGACGCAGGUGACAGAAGCAGAUGAAAAUGCAUGUGACCAGACAGCUGUCAAUCACACGGAGGAUGAAGAUGAGGAGGAAGGCAGCGCUGAAAAGAAGCCCGACCCGACGGCUCAGGAGACCAACGAGCAGCCGGCAGAGAGCGAAGCCCCUCCCCCUGCAGACGCUGACUCUGAAAAUUCAAAUGAGGAAGAGGAGACAUCUAAGAGGUCAGAGGUCGUUAACCUCUCGUCUCCGCUGGAGCCCGAAGACGAGACAAAGACGGCAACGAGCCCGGAGGACCUCGUCUCUGACGCUGAAAAGGCAGACGAGCAAGGAGACCCAGAAGUCUCCAUCAUCCUCGAAGUGGAGGAGAGCGACGCAACCGAGCAAGAAACCAGUCAACAGCUGCCGGAGGAGGUGGAGGUGGAGUCCUGCGAAGACGCCAACACUCCCAAGAAGAAGAAGAGGAAGAAGAGCAAAGGGGACGUCGAGGUGCCGGCUGCAGAGGAGCCGGCCGCAGAGGAGGCGGCUGCAGAGGAGGCGGCUGCAGAGGAGCCGGCUGCAGACUCGUCCCCCGUAGAUGCGUCCAGUGAUGCUCCUCUCACCAAGUCUGCCAAAAAGAAAAAGAGAGACAAAAAGACAGUGGAAGAGGUGACAGAGGAAGAUCAGAAGACAGAGGAGGCGGAAGAAAAGGAGGAGGAGACGUCUCUGGCCACUUCACCGAAGAAGAAGCCAAAGAAAAGGAAAAGAGAGCAAGAUGCGGAAGAGAAGCAGGAGGAAACUCUUGUCACUCCUUCGGAGAGUAAAAUUCAAAAGAAAAAGAGUAAGGCGGAAGCAGUGGAAGAGGAGGAGAGCGAGGCAGUUGCAGCAGUGGUGGAGGUGGAGGAUGAGGAGGUGGUGGAAAUUGUUGCAAGUCCAGCCGAGGCAACAGAGAAGAAGAAGAAGAAGAAGAAAAAGAAAAAGACAGGGGAGACGCAGUCUGAUGAGAGACCAGCAGGGGGCGACGAAGACACAGAAAAGGAGCAGGAUGCUUCAGACGGAAACUCCUUUCAGCUCUCCUCGACCAAAAAGAAAAAACGUCUCAGGAAGAAAGUCAGCCUGAAGAAGAGGUUGAGGAUGAAGAUCCAGAAACGAGAGAAGAGCAUCCCUUCAGAACCGACUGCAGAAAGCACGACUCUCAACGGCAGAAAGAAACAAAAACGUACGCAGGAUGCGGCGGAGGAGGAGACGCCUCCUCCGAAACCGGCCAAAAGACCUCGACCCGAUCGCGCCGCCCAGGAGGCCGACGACAUACCAACGAAGAAGAAGAAGAUCCGAGUGAACACGGAGCAGGAAGAGAAUUCCUCAAAGGAAAACCACCCGCCGAAGACAAAGAAGAAGAAGAAGAAAAAGGAGGAUGAGGAGGAGGGAUUAGUGAAGGAGGGGGAAGUGAGCUCCGAGCCGCCUGAAAUGGACUCGACUCCGCUUUCAAAGGAAAGCAAGAAGAAGAAAAAGAAGUCGAAGGCUGGAGACGGCGAGGAGGCGACGGAGACCUCCACCCCCGUCGCACCUGCAAAGAAAAAGAAGAGGAACAGCUUGAAGGAGCAACUGGAAGAGACGGAGCCGGCUGCAGACGAACAAACUCCUCCGGCUUCUCCGAAAAAGAAAUCCCCCAAAAAGAUGAAAAUCCCCCCGAUCAGCAUUGAAUAAAUCUUGGGAUUACUCUGAUCAGUCGAUGGGGAACGACUGCUCCUUGGACCUGCGAGCCCCCAAAACAACAACGACAAUCGGCUUAAUGUUCGUGCCUUUAUUCAUGUUUUUUGUCUGAGAUAAAAGAAUUUCUGCUAUUUCUGAGGGCGCAUCGGUGUUUUCGGUCACAUUUCACUGUCUCCGGUCACAUUUCACUGUCUCGUGCUUUAAAACUGUGAAAACAACAAAAUAACCUUCAGCUGAUUGGUGUUUCAUCCUUAAAGGCAGAGCUGCUCUAGUAGGGCAAAUAUAUAAAUAUCACAAUAUGAGCUUCCUAGUAUUGGCCAACUGAUACUCGUGAUUCUGACGCCUUUGAUUUUUUUUUUUUUUUAAAGCUUUUGACCACGAUGCACACUAAGCAGGACAUUAUACAGUGUACGAGUCAUCAGUUCUCAUGGGUGGAGUUAAUACUUAAAGGUGCAGUGUGUAGGAUUUGGUGGCAUCUAGCGGUGAGGUUGCAGAUCGCACACAACUGAAACUUCUCCCGUGUGUUGAGACAUGAACCCGCUCUGUAUUUAGAGAUAAAGGGAACAAAACACACUUAUAUUCCAGUUUAUUAUACACCCGGAAAAUUGUUUUAAUUUCUCCUAAUUGAGCCCACUAAAUGAGACACACUGUUCCUUUUUAAGCAAUUAAUUUGACUUGAAUCUGACCCGACAUUUAGGAGUUUUUGAUCCUUGGAGCUGCAAAGACUAUUUUAAUCUGUCAAAUCCGAAGGUUAUUUCAGGUGUUGCAGACACUGAGAAGUAUUUGUGUUAUUAAAGCUGCAAUCUGCAUCCCAUUAAAACAAAUUGAUAAUGAAAAAGCUGAAGGGCAACCUUUGCGAUCAGGAACUUUGAUGCGACAACACUGAAUAUCUCGUCACCUCGGUGGGUUUAUUGUUGUGACCGAUGAGCUUUAAGGAGAACAGAAACAUUUAGAAGGGGUUUUUGGGAAUAUUUUUCUGUCAGUUAAUGAACUGAUAUCGAUAGUUAAACAUUUAUUCUAAGUUGUUUGAGCUUUGUAGGGGGAAAAAAAGUAGUUUCUCAGUUUUGUCUUGAGGUAGAAACUCACGUUACAUAAGAAUUGUUUUUUAUCUUUCUGUCGGUCAUAAAGCUGUGAAUUAAUUGUUGUGUUUACAGAUUUCUGUCGUUUACAUGUUUUUUCUUAUUAAUCCCAUACACUUUUAACUAUGCAUCUGAUUAAAUCUCUGGGAAGUAACACUUAGAUAGUUUUUGCUGUUCUGAGGACCAACGUGUGUGUGUGUGAGAAUAAAACUCCUAACGGCUUUAAUUUUGCAGCAUUGAUGAGUUUUGCUUUUUCAUUUUCAUACUCGUGCACAGAGAUGAGAUAAAAGUUAAUGAAAAAUGCAGAAUAUAUGUCACCCCUUUGAGGCCAACUGGACAAUCAUACACAUUGAGCGCAUUACACAAACUCUUAAACACUAAAUAAAAAACUAUGCACGUGAAUAAAAAUCUGCUUAUCUUUCCAUAGACGUAUCAAGACGUUGAGGCUCAGGGAUUAAAACUUUACAUUCAACUUUUUUCUUUUUUGUUUGUUAGAAAUUGCCAUCAGCUUUAAGUUUAGGCAUGACAUAUAUUAAAGAGUUUAAUUCUUGUAAUCAGUUAAAACAUUUACGAUACUACACGGUAAUUCACUGAUGAUUCCUUUAGUCUAUUCUCCCGGGGGAAAAAAAAGCAAAAUGUGUGUCCAAUAAACCUGCUGCAUGUCUCAGGAGUUAAUGUUACCUUGUUCCCCUUAUGAUUGAUCCGAAGAACAUUUGUUUCUAACUUUGAAUCUUAACUCCUUUUUAGAAAACUAACAUUUAGAAACCAAACACUGCUGAAUUAGUCUUGUUUUUUUUGGCGCUAAGCUUCCGGAGAGAAAAGUAAAAAAUGGUUGUUCACUGAUAUUGAUUCAUAAAAACCGUGAGGUGAAAUGAUUUUUUUUAAACAUGCAUCACACACAAAAAAUAAAUUUUCCGUGUCUCACAAACAAUUUGAAAACAGAAAUGUGGCUUAUUUUGAGACCUGCAGAAGAAAGUCUGGUUCGUCAUGAAAUGAAACGAUAAAAGUUCAAAUUGAG